GUGUUCUAGUGAAGACCUAGUUCUGGUUUCGGGAGCCUCGAGCUGUUCGUGCGCGCUAGUAUCGCGUGCUGCUGUUUUUCUCCAGUGGAAAUCAUUUGAUUGUUGCGCGAGCGCGGACCGACACACACACACACACGCACGCACGCACGCACGCACGCACGCACACACACUCCGUCCAGCUCCGGCAUGCUCGGGCUUCUGCUGUGAAGCUUUGCUGCUAUGAAAGCUCGGUGCUGACAGCUUCGAGUCGGUGCAGGAUGCCGGAGCGAGGGACGCGGCGUGGAGCGGUGCUGCUGACGCUGUGCGCGCUGCUCGAGUGCAUAGAAGCAAAGAAGUACUGCUGGUAUUUUGAAGGAGGAUACCCCAUCUAUUUCAUAUGCCGCUCGUAUGAAGACUGCUGUGGGACGCGCUGCUGCGUCCGAGCGCUCUCCAUCCAGAGACUCUGGUACUUCUGGCUGCUGCUGAUGAUGGGCGUGCUCUUCUGCUGCGGAGCGGGCUUCUUCAUUCGCCGGCGCAUGUAUCCGUCAUCGCUCAGCGAAGAGCCCGCCUUCAACGUGUCCUUCACCAGACAACCGGUCAGCUCUCCAGUCUCCCAGCAGCCGGGCAUGCAAGGCUACGGUGACCCCUGCGUCGCCAUGACGACGACCCUGACCCCCGCCUACCCGGGUCAGCCGGCCCCGGCCCACAUGCUGAGCUCGUACCCCCCUCCGCCCUCCUACUGCAACCAUCCACCGCCUUCCUACGAGCAGGUGUUCAGGAACGCCGAGAAGAAGAGCCACAGCGAGUCCUCGCAAUGAGACGCUCGGCCC